GUGAACGACUUAAGAAGCCAAUUCCUCUCCAGGAACAGACAGUGCGAGAUGCCAAGGGGCGAUACCAGCGCUUCCAUGGGGCCUUCACCGGUGGCUUCUCUGCUGGUUACUUUAACACUGUUGGCACAAAGGAAGGAUGGACUCCUUCAGCCUUUGUGUCAUCACGGCAGAAGAGAGCAGACAGGACUGUUCUGGGACCGGAGGACUUCAUGGAUGAAGAGGAUCUUAGUGAAUUUGGUAUAGCACCGAAAGAUAUUACAACCACAGAUGACUUUGCAUCCAAAGCUAAAGACAGGAUAAAGGAGAAGGCUAGGCAGAUUGCAGGGGCUGUUGCUGCCAUUCCAGGAACCACUGCGUUCGAUGAUUUAAUAGGACCAUCGAAAAUAACAAUUGGGGUGGAGCUGUUACGAAAAAUGGGCUGGAAGGAAGGGCAAGGAAUUGGCCCACGAGUCAAAAGGAAGCCAUGCAGGCAGAAGCCUGAUCCCACAGUGAAAAUAUAUGGAUGUGCUUUGCCACCUGGACUGUCUGAGGGUUCUGAGGAUGAAGAGGAUGAGUACCAGCCAGAGAACGUGACCUUUGCACCCAAAGAUGUCAUGCCUGUGGAUCUGACUCCAAAAGAGAAUGUCCAUGGACUUGGCUAUAAGGGCUUGGACCCCUCACAGGCUUUGUUUGGUGUGUCUGGAAGAGAACACCUGAAUCUUUUCACAGGUGGUUCUGAAGAGACAGGCGAUUUACUUGGUGAUCUGAGACACAAUAAAGGAAGAAAACUAGGGAUUACAGGCCAGGCCUUCGGUGUAGGAGCGUUAGAGGAGGAAGAUGAUGAUAUUUAUGCACCUGACACACUGUCAAAAUACGACACAGUUCUAAAGGAUGAGGAACCUGGAGAUGGCUUGUAUGGCUGGACAGCACCAAAGCAGUAUAAGUCCAAAAAAAGGCCUGAAAGAGAAUUCAAAUAUAUAGGCAAAAUCCUGGAUGGCUUUUCCUUGGCAUCAAAAUCAUCAGAUCCAGUCAAGGUUUAUCCACCACCUCACCUGCCACGAAAUUACAGACCAGUGCACUACUUUCGGCCUGUGCUAGCAGCUGGGAAUGAGAGCUCCUGUUUGCAGAAGGCCCUGGAGGGAUCGACUGGGAAGCUGGAGAGUGACCAGCUGGGCAGGCACGGCCUGAGCGCGGUGCAGAGGAGGGAGCGGCUGGGAGAGGCUGCCCUGAAAGGUCCCUGUCCCUCAGUUUUGGAGUAUCUGUCGGCGAAGGACCGGGAGAGGCUCAGGGAAGUGAAGCAAGCAGCUGAGCAGCAGGUGAGGGCACAGCAGUCCCAGGGCAGCAGGCCCCAGCCAGCACCCCCAGAAGAUUCCUCUCACAAGUGGCAGCUGCUCCUGGAGGGUCAGUCAGCAGGUGCUGGUUCCAGUGACUUCAAACCGUUUGCAAAAAAUCCAGAAAAACAAGCAAGAUAUGAAAAUUUUGUGAAAAGUCUGAAACAAGGAGAAAAAGCGGAGGCGCUGGAGCGGUUUCUGGACCCCAGCAUGCCGGCGUGGGAGCGCGGGCGGGAGCGGGAGGAGUUCUGCCGCGCCGCCGUGUUCUACCGCUCGUCCAGCGCCGCGCUCGCCGCCAGGUUCACCCGCGCCGCCUACGAGGACGACGUCGACAAGGUCGAAGUCCCUCGAGACCAAGAGAAUGCUCUCGACGACAAGGAAACUGCUGUGAAGAUGAAGAUGUUUGGCAAACUCACAAGGGACACGUUUGAAUGGCAUCCUGAUAAGCUGCUGUGUAAAAGAUUUAAUGUUCGUGAUCCAUAUCCUGAUUCUUCCAUAGUUGGUUUGCCAAAAGUGAAACGAGACAAGUAUUCUGUGUUUAAUUUCUUGACUGUGCCUGAGCCCACCACACCUCCAACUCCAGCAACAAACGAGAAAACCCAAGAGAGGAAGAGUCUCAGCA